GCUCUCCUCUACGUGGGCAGCAGCCACUGGCGGGAGCGCGGCGCGAUGCCGGGCCGGUGCCAGCAGAGCCCAGUGCUGGCAGGCAGCGCCACUUUAGUUGCCUUGGGGGCACUCUCGCUGUACUUCCCGGAGCCCGCCGGCUACGGGAAGUACACGGAGACCCUGACGCCCUCGGCUGUCCGCCUGCCCGCCGGCGCCGCCUGGUUCCUGCAGGAGCUGCCCUCCUUCGCGGUGCCCGCGGGGAUCCUCGCCUGGCAGCCCUGGUCCCUCUUCGGACUGCCUGGGACUGUGCUUCUGGUCCUCUUCUGCGCGCAUUACUUCCACAGGUAUUUUUCUAGGAAAAACAAAAGAAGCUGUUCCUACAAGGACUUGUAUACAAAUACUUGCAGCAAAUUUUUUUGUAGUGGCCUAAAACUGGAAACACCACCACUGCUGAUCAGCAGGACAUUUGUUUACCCACUGCUCAACAGAGGGAGGCCUUUUCCACUUGCAAUAAUUUUCAAAGGCUUUGUCUUCUGCAUGGGAAAUGGAGUCCUUCAAGGCUACUAUCUGAUUUACUGUGCGGAAUACCCUGAUGAGUGGUACACCGACAUACGGUUCAGCUUGGGUGUCUUCUUAUUUAUUUUGGGAAUGGGAAUCAACAUUCACAGUGACUAUAUAUUGCGCCAGCUCAGGAAGCCUGGAGAAACCAUCUACAAGAUUCCUCAAGGUGGCUUGUUUACAUACGUUUCUGGAGCCAAUUUCUUUGGUGAGAUUGUUGAAUGGAUCGGCUAUGCCCUGGCCACGUGGUCCCUCCCAGCGCUUGCAUUUGCAUUUUUCUCACUUUGCUUCCUUGGGAUGCGAGCUUUUCACCACCAUAGGUUCUACCUCAAAAUGUUUGAGGACUACCCCAAAUCUCGGAAAGUGCUUAUUCCAUUCAUCUUUUAAAGAAACCAAAUAAAAAAGGAGCAAACCUCCUGGAAUACUGGUGAAAACUGUCAAGCUGCUGAGACUGUAACUUUCAUGAUAUCAUAUUCCAUGAAAUCUCCCAUAUGUAUAUACAUUAGUUCUCUUGGUGUUCUGCCAGCUGGCCUGGGAUUCUGAGUGGUGCCUGCUUAGUUUACUCCCACCCUGCCAGGGAUCCCCAUCCCCAUCUCCUGUUGAACCCUUUCCAGAUGGAGACAUUUGCUUCUUAGCUAUUCCUCUUAGAAAGUGCAAAACGUCCCAUAAGUAUUUUCUUCAUUGGUUAAUCCAAGUAAAGGUGGCUUUAUACGUACUCUCUAUUCAUGUUGGACAGCUCUGUAAUCAAGAAUGUUUUGAAUUGGGGCCAUGCUUCUAGAACUUAUUAAAGGUACACAUUUUGUUCCUGGCCAGAGUAGCAGAAAUUUAAACUUUGAAACCACAUUGACCCAGAGCAAACCCAUUCCUAAAAGAAAAUCCAUUCAUGUCUUCCUUCUUUUUCAAUUAGGAAAGAUAUGAAAUUAUUAAGCACACCUUUAAUAGAGGAUCCCUUUCCUCCUACUGCAAAAUGAAAAUGCAUUAACUCCAGUUCGUAUUUGUGCUGUGUCUUAGUUGAUGAGUACCUCUGUCUUCCAGAAGUUUCACAAUCCCCGUUGGAGAUAUUUUAGUCUAACCCAGAACACUGGUGUGGGUUUUCUUGAGGGCCAGGUUUUAAUGACCACAAAGAAAAAGACAUGACCCUGGUUUCCUCCCAAGAGAGUGGAAAAGUGUUUUACAAUACACAUUGCAAACUCUUAUGUUCUUGGAAGCUGGUGGGCAUAUCCAAAUAAUGAGAAAGUGUUAGGUAAGGAAAAUUCAUGAUUAAUCACUUGACUUCACACUUCUGCUAAAAA